ACUCUUCUUUGUUGGUGCUCUUGCCAUGUUUGCGGAAGCUUGGCCACAGCAGCUAACUGGAGGCUUGUCACUUUUUUCUGUCUUUGUGUUGUAGUUGUGUUUUAUGAUCCAAAAUGAACCUGCCGAAGGGCCCAGAGUCUCUGUGCUUCGACAAAGACGUUUUUAUGAAGGAUGACUUCGACGUUGACCAGUUUGUGGCGGAAUGUCGGAAGCAGGUCCAGCUGGAGGAGAUGAGAGAGGACCUGGAGCUCUACUAUAAGCUGCUGAAAACAGCCAUGGUGGAGCUCAUCAACAAGGACUAUGCAGACUUUGUUAACCUCUCCACCAACCUGGUGGGGAUGGACAAAGCCCUCAAUCAGCUCUCUGUGCCUUUGGGACAGUUACGAGAAGAGGUUAUGAGCCUACGGUUAUGUGUGAGUGAAGUGAUUCAGGCCAUAGACAACCAGCUGUCCAAGCAAGAAGAUCUGCAGAAAAAAAAGGUGUGUGUAUUAAGGCUAAUCCAGGUGGUGCGCUCAGUGGAGAAGAUUGAGAAGAUCCUCCACUCACAGAACUCCAAGGAAUCCAGCGCUCUGGAAAUCAGCAGUCCUUUGUUAGCAGGUCAGAUCCUGGAGAGAAUAGCUACAGAAUUCAACCAGCUGCAGUUCCACGCCGUACAAAGCAAAGGCAUGCCCCUGCUGGACAAAGUCAGACCUCGUAUCGCAGGGAUCACAUCCAUGCUGCAGCAGUCUCUAGAGGGCCUGCUGAUCGAGGGUCUGCAAACAUCCAAUGUGGACAUGGUGCGUCACUGCCUGAGGACGUAUGCCACCAUAGACAAGACCCGAGAUGCUGAGGCCCUGGUGGGACAGGUGCUGGUCAAACCAUACAUGGACCAGGUUAUAGUUGAAGAGGUGGUGAAGUCCAGUCCAAAUGGUCUUCAGUUGAUGUACUCUAGACUGCUGGAGUUUGUUCCUCAUCACUGUAGACUGCUAAGAGAGGUGACUGGAGGAGCCAUAUCCAGUGACAAAGCUGACAUAGUGCCAGGCUAUGAUUUCCUGGUGAACUCUGUGUGGCCAGAGAUGAUCAAAGGAAUAGAAGAAAGGUUGGCCUACCUCUUCAACCCCGGAAACCCUGACAUAUUCUUUGAGCGCUACAGCGUGAGUAUGGAGUUUGUGCGGAGGUUUGAGCGUCAGUGCAGCUCGCAGGCGAGUGUGAAGAGACUGAGAGUACAUCCUUCAUAUACCAGCUUCCACAACAAAUGGAACCUGCCUGUCUACUUUCAGCUACGGUACAAGGAAAUAGCAGGAAGUCUAGAGAAUGCCAUAAGUGAUGGCCUAGAGGCUGCACCAGCUGGCAGUGCGUACCACCUGCAGGUGUCUGAGGUGUUGUGGUCCUGUCUAGUGAGGUGCUGGUCAGACAAGGUCUACCUGUCACCUCUGGCCCAUCGCUUCUGGAAGCUCACUCUGCAGCUCUACUCACGAUAUGCCAAGUUUCUCAAUGAGGUUUUGACUAAGACUCCAUCCCCUGAGGUGACGAAAGAGCCAACCAGGCCUCUGCCCAGCUCAGCCUCCUCCACCUCCAGCCGAACUUCAUUGGAUGAUGGUGGCAGCGAGAGUGGGAGUCCUGCCUCCCUGUCCACCAAACAACUGGUCUACAUUGCCGCUGACAUCCAGAAGCUGCAGGAGCAGAUCCCUGAGUUGUCAGAAAUGGUCAGGCAGCGUUUAGAAGCUAUCGGAUUCAAAAACUUUGCAAUUGUGGAAGAUGCUCUAGCUGACUCCAAGGCUUGCCUGUCAAGUAGCAUUCCCACUCUGAGCACCAGGAUGACCCAGCAUCUGACUGAACGCUGCUGCCGCUUCCUGAAGAGUGCCUCUGAGGUUCCACGACUCUACCGCAGGACUAACAAGGAUCUGCCAACGCGUGCUUCAGCGUACAUGGACAACGCCUUACGUCCGUUGCAUCAGUUGCUGACAGACUCAACGGGGCUGGUCACCCCCUCUACAGCACAAGAGUGGCUGCGAAUUGCACUGUCUGACUGCACACAGAGGUACUAUGAGACCAUCUCAGAGGUGCUGAGCUCAGUGAGGAAGAUGGAGGAGAGUCUGAAGAGACUGAAGCAAGCCAGAAAGGGCGCAACCGCGGCUACCACGGCAGGAGCAAACGGUGGACCCACAGAUGACAGCAAGAUCCGUCUUCAGCUGGCACUGGAUGUGGAAUAUCUGGGGGAACAGAUCCAGAAGAUGGGUCUUCAGCCAAGUGAAAUCUCCAUGUUUUCCACUCUGAUGGACCUUGUGAAAGAGGCCCGAGAGCUUGCUGAGCAGAACCAGUGAAAAUUUGAUCCCACAGUGACUAAAAACCCAUUAAUGUGCUGCACUCAUCCCUGGAUUUCCUGAAGACCUGGAAAGGGAAAGAAGGUCGAAGUCCUGGUCUGGUAACGGUUGAUGGUGAUCAGAGCACAAAGAAUGCAGGACAAGAACUGACACUGACACUACUGAAAUCCCUUCUCAGCAGUUUUUUUUUUUUUUUUUUGAACUAUUGCCUGGAUCAUCAUUGGUUGUGCUGUAGGCAGUGUGAGCAAGAGGGCCCACAUGGUGCUGUGUCCCUGAAAUCUUUUACAAAACGACUGAUGCUGGAUGCUGGUAAUAUGCACUGCUCUACAAUGGCCAAGAGGUUGUAAUCAAACAAUAUUAGCUAAUUUCUAAUUUCUGCUUCUGGGUGAAGGAUUUACCACAAAGACAUCUUUUAGCGUGUAAUGUGUACAUUUUUGUUAAAAUCAAAGUUGCAUAAUAUAAUAUGUUUAACAUAAUAAACUGGGGAAAAAAAGGUGAUGAAGUAACUAUGAGUGGUUGUGUAGUAGUUUUCCCUCACUACUACCAAGAUAGACACAGGAUUUUGACCAUUGUGUACAACAAAUUGUUAUUACAGAUGAUUUCACUCUUUUGACCUAGUGAUGGAUACUAAUUCAAGACGUGUUUGAAGCACUGUAAUAGUAAAAACUUUGACAAAAAUCCUGAUGAAAAACAACGACACGUGAACUACAGCAUAUUGGGAAACAAAUGUUUUAUUUUAGCAAUCACAAAUCGUAACAACAAAAAUAAACUCUUAGUUACAAUAUA